GGGGAAGGCGCUUUUUUGCUGAGUGCUUCUGUUCUUGCAUGAACACGUGACGCUUCCCGCUCCAUGACGUCACCGCUGGCUUUCGAAUGAAUGGAUAACGCAAGGGGGCGUGGUGUGGUGACGUUUCGGUGACGUCUGCCGUGACGGAGAGUUCCCGGAAGUGGAGUGCGCUCGGCGGAGCUGGCCGUUGUUGUUGUUGUUGUUGUGGUGGAGGUGGCGGUGGUGAGAAGUCGCAGGCGCCCCCCCCCUGGCUCCGCGUCUAAGCCCACGUAGGCGAAGCAGUUGCUUUUUCUGCACCGUUCUGUCCUGGUGAUUGUUUACAGGUUAUGACGACUAAUCUCAAACCAAACAAGGCAUUAAAGGUAAAGAAGGAGGCGGGAGAGAACGCCCCAGUAUUAAGUGAUGAUGAGCUUGUGUCAAUGUCUGUGCGGGAGCUAAACCAGCACCUCCGAGGUCUCUCAAAAGAGGAUAUCAUCCGCCUAAAGCAGCGUAGGCGUACAUUAAAGAACCGCGGCUACGCUGCCAGCUGCCGAGUAAAGCGCGUCACCCAAAAAGAGGAGCUAGAGAGACAGCGUGUGGAGUUGCAGCAAGAAGUGGAUAAGUUGGCGCGAGAAAACUCCAGUAUGAAGCUUGAGUUGGAUGCUCUACGGUCCAAGUACGAAGCCCUCCAAACCUUUGCCCGCACAGUUGCCAGGGGCCCCAUCACCCCGACCAAGGUUGCCACCACCAGUGUCAUCACCAUUGUGAAGUCUACCGAUUUAUCAUCGACCUCCAUACCAUUCUCUGCAGCAUCCUAGUAUCUAGAAGAGGGAAAAAAGUGGAGAGAGAACUAGCUGCCUGUUCUAAGUGGGACAUUAUGGGAUUCACUUAAUAUUGUUUCUCAGAUCCUUUCCUGCCUAUUGAGAUGUUAGGCAUUGCCUUUUAUUCCAUAGCCCACCCCAACAUGACGCAUAGAGGUUACACACAGGUUCAGGACACUAUGGCCUUGUUGUAAUUGUACCAGGGAAUAUGUCUUGUUGAGUUGGAUGAGGUAAAUCUUUUAUUUUAUUUAUCGGUAGGAUUUUAUGUUAAGUUAUGGAUCUUCUUGGACCCUUCAAAAACGUCACUUUAGAAAAGUGAUAGCGGCUUAACCUGUUGUUUAUUUAUUCAAAAAUGUUUUCUAUUUGAAAAAUAAGACAUUCGCUUUGCUUUUUUUGGGUAACCAGAAAUCAAAGCUGGAUAAGAAUAUGUAAUAAUUUAUAUGUCACCGACGUCCUGUCCUUGUGAGGAUUGUGGUCAGCACCUGUGAAGUUAUUUGGUUGAGAGGGGUUUGUUGCAUGUUGUUCUCUGAAGGGAUAUUUUUUUUUUACAUGGCCUUUGUAAUGAAACUCAGGAUUUCCUUAUAUAUUUCAGUAUACUGAGGUGGCAUCCUCGGCUAUGAUGACAUAAGUCUAGAGGGCAAGUUUUCUACUUAGUUGUUUUUUUUUUUUUCUUCUUCUUUUUUUCUUUUUUUUUUUUUUUGGAAGGAGCUGAAUCCUGUUCAGUCAGAUGAGUUAUCCUUACAGUAGAGCGUCGAUCUGCCUGAUCACACCAAUACAUUUUUUGGAUUUACUUUUGGCAGAUUGAUUCACUGCUUUCCUGUAAAUCCCAGACAUUCUACUGGCAAUGUCUGAGCUUCCCCAAAUUGAUUGUUGUUGAUGGCUUUAAGGAACACAUCAACUUAAACUGACCAUACACCUAUGAUUAUCAUUUGGCUAUGUCUCCCGUUUCCCCGCAUACAUGUGCCUGCUGGGCUGUGUAAAUUGGAUAGUGGAUUGGUCCCACUGGAAUUGGAGGGUUCAGCCAACACAUUUGGAAUGUAUGGCCAGCUUAAUAGACUGUUAUGCCUAAUAAAUGGCCUGAGGAGACUGAACAGAUCCCAAAUAAAGAAAUCAUGCCCACUGAGGAAAUUCAGCAAGGAAUUUGCUUUCUGAAUUUGAUCAGUGGAUCCAUGCUGUCCAUAAUUGGCUCUUAAUGUUCUGGGAAUCUGACACAUACAAAAGCACCUUCCAAUGACAGAAGGCUCCUCUCUAGCGAUUCCACUAGAAUAUUGAACAUGUUCAGUCUUCUGCUGGAAUCCAAUUCCUUGUCCGAAAGUUCCACGACAGAACUUCUGAUGUGUUAACAGAGCAUCAGAAUUCCAUUAAAUUCAAUGGGAGGCUGCUGCUUGCAGAAGUUCCUUGCGGACAUUCUGCACAGAAAUUCUAUAGUGUAAACUAGUACUUCAGAGUUCUCAAUGCUCCAGGUCCUCUACCAGGCAUAACACAGUGGGGGAUAUUUAUCAAAGGAUUUAGACUCGUUUUUCCUGUCUAAACUUGUCGCACAGAAAGUCGCAGUCUAAAUAUGUGCGACUUUUCUGCGACUUUUGCUUUAGAGGAUUUUUAGAACAUGAUUCAUUCUAGUCUAUUUUAGUGCAUUCUAGUCUAUUUUAGAUGGAAAAAUGCAUUGGUGCUUAAUUUAUCAAAAGCGACUUUUGAGCGACAAGUCACAUCGGCUGAAAGUACGCCGAAAUGUCAGACCAUGUUGGAGCAGGUUUAAAUACAGUCUAAAGCAUAGAUCCCGAAGUCUGUGCACAGAAUUUAUCAAGAGCUGUGCGCCUUUUGAUAAAUUAGGCGCACAAUAGACCAGCCAAACACUCUGUAGUUUGGUCUAUAUUGAUGCAGGACAGACAGCUUUGAUAAAUAUCCCCCAGUGUACCUAUUUUCCUGCAGUACUCCUUUAAUAGUGUCACAAUGAUGAUGUGAUGGUUGAACGUUACAGCCGGUAAUGGCGUUGUGCUUAGAAGGUGUUCGAAUUAUUGUAGGGGCUGCAUACAGAGGGAGAUGUAUCGAUGGCUUCAGUAAGUGUUAUCAGUAUGAUAAGCAGAUGUUAUACCUUUUUGAAAGACCUUUGUAUUGUGUUGUGGGUCGUUUUUGGUAGGUUAUUAAUUUUUAUUUUACACUUUAUACAUGUAUCGUAUGUUUAGGAGUGCUACCAUAAUCCUUUGUGUUUAUCCUGAAAGUAUUGGACAAAGUUACUGACAAAUCUUCUUGAGCAUUUUGUUGCUGAGGCUAUCACGAAAUAAAGUUUAUAGUGUUUUGUUUGCACUUAGUAGGUGUUUUGUAGGAAACUUCUUUUUUAACGUACCUGGUGUGAAUUGACCACUGCUGCAUCGGCAGGGAUGGGACUGGAUGGUAUUAUUAUAAAGUGAAUUAGUCACACAUUGGUAAUAGAUUAGACAAAACAUGUAUAUGGAAUGUAAUGCACAGUACCUUUUGGGGGUUUUCUUUAAAAAAGAACUUUAGGACAGGGACUGGUGGUUGGCAAGUUUUUGGAAAUGGUAACCAUAUGCCAAGGAUAGGAUUACAGUACAGCUGUAAAUCAGAUCAUCAAAGGGGUGGGGGGGACGUCCUCAUUUAGUGAUGUUUUAAAAAUUCCAAAAAUAGCUGAUAAAAUGUAGCCAAUCUGGAAGUGUUGUCAUAGUGAUGUUCUUGUGAGGAUGUAAGGGCUCGCUGUCUGUGACCAAAAAGGAUUUUCUCAAUGGGUGAGUGUUAAUGGAAAUGCAUUUGUAUACGAGCUGACUGGAGGACAGGUUUGGAGAUCGGUGGUUUUGUGCAUAAGAUUAUUUAGGUGCAUUUUAUGUUGUUUUGUUUUUUUGUAAUCUAUACUUGAGAACUCGCACAUGCAACAUGUUCCUGUUCACUUUGCUGCUCCUCUACCAUUCAAUUGACUUCUGUGAAGGUGUUGCAUUUUAUUUUUGCAGAUGCAUAGGCCAAAAAUGUGGUGUUUUUUUUUUUCCACUUUCCAACAUUUUGCAGUUACAUUGACUGAAGUCAUUUCAGAAGCACUAAACUCAUAGCUGCUAUUUUUACUUUUUGUGCGAAUAAUGGAAAACUGCAGUCACAUAUGUUAAAUCGGCUUAUCACAUAGUAUAUUCCUGCAUUCACUAUUACAGUAUGGUGUCUACACUGCAUUAGCCAGUGGCUGUUAUCUGAAUGACACGUUAUUUCCCACAAGCUGUGUCCUUCUGACUAGAUGUGUCAUUUGGAAGGUGCACAGUGUCGUGUGAAAAGUAAUCUCCACCCAUGUUGGGAGGAUUUCUAAGAUAACACAGGCGAAUGAUGACAUACUGUAAUAUGCGGAAGCUUCGUAUUCAAUGAAGCCUUUUUGGGGAGACCACCAAAAAUUGCAUUUAAAAACAAACUAAAAAAACAGUCUUCUUAAAGAAGAUGGUGAGAAUGCAUAAUAGAGGUUAAAACUCAAAAAAUGGUCUGGAUAAGGAGGUGGUCUUCUGAAGAGGUUUCCAUUCUAAAGUCUCGUAUAUGUAAUAUUGUAUGAUAGCUGGACAUCGCUAGCUAUUCAUCGUUAUUGGAGUGUCGUACACAAUCACAUCAAGUGAUUUUUUUUAUUUUAUUGGCUGCCACAUAUCGUAGUUGUUAAAGUAUGGGAACCUUACCGUGCAAUUUAGGAAUGUAGUCAAACCCAUUAAAGGAGUUAUCAAGGAUGAGAAAAACAGAGCUAUUUUAUUUCAGAAACGGCACCACCCACUGCUGUUUUUUUAAUCCUGGAUACCCACUUUUAAAGGGGUUAUAUCCCAAGAUUUAAAGUUAUUGCUUGUCCACAGGAUAGGGGAUAAAUAUGUGAUUCAGGAGAGGUGGUCUGACCUCUGUGACCCCAACUAAAGAUGAAAGUGAGUUACUCUAGUGGGGGCUGAGCAUGCAGCACAGGCACCACCACAGGGACCCUUGUCCUUGUGAUUGGCUAGUCAGAUUUUAGUCUUUUUAAAUCUGUUUAAGUCUUGGGAUAUAGGGUGUGUGUGUGUGUGUGUGUGUGUGUGUGUGUGU